UAUUUCAAGCCAGGAUGUAUGUUUAUCUUUUUUUUCCCCCUGGUUCAAGAUAACAAGAUUUUUGUUGUUGUUGUUUUGGGGAAGAACAUAAUGCAACCUGGAAGCAAUGCGACGAAAAUGAAGAAAGAAAAAUGACAGCAAAGUUUGCCUGCAAAAAAACUAGCAUCGCACUGUCCAAAGCUCUUUAUGUCAAAACUGGAAGAAUGGCUAAAAUAUACAAGAGAAUAUCCAAGAAAUUAAAAUUUGCACAAUCCAUCAUAUACUGCAGAUCAGUUGCCACCAACAUGACUUCUGAAAAGCAUUUGAUAUGCAAAUCAACAAUAAUAAUGGGGUCUAAUAUAUCAUAUCUGAACAUUACAGAUCAUCAAUCUCCGGGUCAAGACAUCAAUCUCUGGGCCAAUUAUUCACAAGACCUAAUUGGGAAUUCUACCAAUAAUGAAUUGACAACUAUUGUUUUACCUCUGCUUUAUCUCCUUAUAUUCUUGGCAAGCAUCUUUCUGAAUAGCUUGGCAGUAUGGAUUUUCUUCCACAUCAGAAGCAAGACCAGCUUUAUUUUAUACCUCAAAAACAUCGUAGUUGCAGAUUUGCUAAUGACGCUGACAUUUCCGUUUAAAAUUAUUCAAGACUCAAGACUGGGGCCAUGGUACUUCCAUUUUUUCCUAUGCCGGUAUACAAAAGUUUUGUUUUAUGCCAGCAUGUAUACAACCAUUGUUUUUCUUGGACUUAUUAGCCUUGAUCGAUAUCUGAAAGUGGUCAAACCAUUUGGAGAUUCCAGGAUGUAUAGCAUUACUUUCACUAAGAUUCUGUCACUUGUGGUUUGGAUUGUUACGGUAUUUUUAGCUUUGCCAGAUCUGGUCCUCACUAAUAGUUACCCAACUAAGAUAAAUACCAGUGACUGCUUAAAACUGAAAAGCCCAUUGGGAGUCAAAUGGCACAAUGCUGUCACUUACUUCAAUAAUGGCAUAUUUGUCAUUGUGCUGAUUGUAUUAAUAGGAUGUUAUAUUGAAAUAUCCAAAUAUAUCUAUAAAUCCAGCAAGCAGUUUAUUAGCCCUUCAAAUCACAAGAGGAAACACAGUCAAAGUAUAAGGGUGGUGGUGACGGUAUUUUUUAUUUGCUUUGUGCCAUAUCAUCUAUGCACAAUCCUUUUUAAUUUGUGCCAGUUAGAUUAUUAUUUAGGUGCUUCAGCCCACAAGAUCCUGUACUACUGCAAGGAAGUGACUAUUUUCCUAUCGGCAAGCAAUGUCUGCCUAGAUCCAAUCAUCUACUUUUUUAUGUGUAGAUCCUUUUCACGGAGGCUUUUCAGAAAAUCAAACAUACGAACAAGGAGUGAAAGCAUCAGAUCCUUUCAGAGUAUCAGAAAGUCAGAGGUGCGGAUUUAUCAUGAAUAUACUGAUUUGUGACAUCAUUGCUAAGCAUUUUUUUUAAAAAUAGUUGUUUGUACCAAUGUUUUCUAUUUGUAAAUAAAGGUACUUUGCUUGUUUUAAAAAUCUGAA